AUGGACAAAAAUAAGUCAAAUAAGAUGAUUAAGGACCCUAUUCAUGGGUACAUUGAAUUUGAAGGUUGGGCAGUAAAAUUUAUAGAUACACCACAAUUCCAAAGAUUGCGUGAUAUCAAGCAAUUAGGAACUGCUUUUUAUGUUUUUCCAGGUGCGACUCAUACUCGCUUUGAGCACAGCUUAGGAACUGCACACCUCGCUUAUACUUUAACCAAAAGAUUACAGGAACAGCAAGGAAAAAAUGUCGAUGAUGAACGCAAUCUUAAGUGUGUGACUUUAGCCGCCUUGUGUCAUGACCUCG